AUGGCCGAAUGCAAAAGUGAUCUAGCAUUUCGCGGCAACCCCAGGAGCGUUAAGAAAUCGUUUAAAAGAAUGAGAAAUUCAGACCUGUUCGUGCGUGGCACCGGGUAUAAACGUACACAGAAGGUCCAACAGGCACGAUCAGGUUCAAGACCCAGUUCUAUCCAUCAUCGAGUAUGUCAUAAAAAGGAAGAACGUACAAAAGCAUCGACCACGCACUAUCAGAUAACCACAUUAAAGUCAGCUGCACAAGCUUGUAACCCUUGUCCGUCUAGAAUACCGACACAAAUUUGUUUAGACGACAGAUUCAUAUUUCGAAGGUAUAAAUAUAACUUCGAAGCAGCAAAUUAUCUUUUAACGAAAAAGACCACGACUACUUUGGAGGAAAAUGUACUCGAUGUGUUUAAACAGGUGAGCUCUCUGUCGAAUAAAUGGCGAAAGAAAUUUAUGCACCAAUUAAUGGUGCAGGGAGACGUAAUACCAGGGAUGAGACAGAAACAAGUGCUGCGCUGCAGUCACUUAUCUUCGGAAAACAAGUUGCCUGGAAACUUAGCUGGCCGGCCUAAAGAGUUGUGGGACGAGGAGUACUUCGAAGAUGGAAUGUGGAAAUCGAAGCCACGAAAGAGGCCUUUAAUAGGCGCUAUGGACUCCUUAUUAGAUAUGCCUGGAUUCCAGCCGUUGCCACGACAUCAUUGCCGACUCCUUGAUUGGAGUUCCAAAAACAUGAUCGCAGCCGCGAUUCAAGAUUACGUGAUGUUUUACGACACACACACGCCUCAAAUAAUGGAACCAGUGGAAAACGUGGAAGUAACGAAUAUUUGUGCGGUGAAAUGGAAUAACGCUGGUAACAAGCUAGUUAUAUGCACCUUGUUAUCCGAGAUCAAGCUGUACUGCUUAGAGACGCUGAAGGUAAUUUGGACGACAAUGUGCAACAGCUCGGAGUACAAUUCACCGUGUCACGUGCGUUGCGUCUGCUGGUAUCAGGACGACCAAUACAUUGUCACGGGUUGCAAGGGAUUGAUCACGAUUUAUUCGACGAAAAAGGGUAUCGUUGUUAACUCGGUGAUGGCGCACAAUACGGGACUGUUGACGCUCGUGUUUUCACCGAAUUAUGAGUAUCUAGUGUCCUCUGCGACGGACAUGACCGUUCGCAUUUUUAGGUGGUCGUCGCUGGUACUAAGUUUGGACAUCACCUACUACGAACCUACCAGGGCGUUGGCCUGGCACCCGUACGAAUCCGCCUUGUUAUGCAUAGGCGGUGGCUUAGGCGACGCUUCGCUGUCGCUGUGGAACGUGAACAAGUUAGAUCCGGUGAGUUAUCGUCACGUUGACUUUCAAGGCGCCGUGGAGAACUUGGCGUGGAAUAAGAUCAGCGGCGAGCUGGUCGUUCAAUGGUCUCACUGGACUGGCCAGAAUAGAUGCACGAUGAUGCCGGUUCUAGCCAGCCUCGAUCAUAUCGUCGAUGAGUUGCCGGUGGACAAGGACUCGCAGGUCCACGAUAUCACAUGGAACUCCGAUCACACGCAAUUAGCCACCGUGUGCGGCGAGUCUGUAUUGAUGUGGAAUUUCUUUGGUAACGAGUAUCAACAUCAUCAGAAGCGUAAGAAACCACGAAAAGUUCAGGAGGUACAGGAUAACGCUAAAAGUACAAGUUUUAAAGAAUUUAGACAUUUUAAUAUACGUUAG